AUGUCUACCGAUCACAGUCUCGUUUCAAACAUCGUGGCUCGAGUUGGAUUUUGUUCAACAAUGAUUUUCUGCACAAUCCAGAUUCUUUUGACAUGCUUUGUAAAGCAAAGUGUAUUUGGCAGUUAUAAAUUUCUGAUUACAAUGUUCGCGGCAUUCGGUAUGAUUUUUGCUGUGGUUGAGGUGGUGGUUUAUCCGAACGUGCACAUGCUCAAUACUGGCGCUCUGUACUUUACCUUAUCGAGACCACUAAACGUAAGUCUUGAUGUUUCCAAGGUCCUUCUAGCUGUCUACACUUGGUUCUACGCUUUUACGAUUUCCCUUUUAGCAGUUUUAUUCAUCUACCGCUACUUGGCAGUUUUCAACCAGAAACAUCUGAAAUUCUUUCGUGGCUUCUCAAUGUUCAUUUGGUUCUCCUAUUGUUCAUUUUUCGGUUUCCAAUACUCCAUCGGUACCUACACCUUCAUGACGUUUGACGACAUCUCUUUUGCCUAUUUUCAUGAUGAGGUUCCACUUCGAUACAACAUGACCUUGGCUGAAAUUCCAGCAAUGGGAAUUGUGGCCUACGAUCCGGUAGAUGGUUCGAUUAGAUGGUGGAAUGUGAUGUGUCUUCUGAACAUCUUCACAAUUAUGGCAAUACAGUAUACCAUUAUGAUUUGUUGCGGGCUGAAAAUGCACUGGAAAAUGGAAGACAAGAUAAAGUACUACUCACCGGCGCUUCGACGGCAUCAUCAGCAGUUUUUCAAAACGUUGGUUAUCCAGAUAUCCGCCCCCACAAUGACCCUUUUCGCACCUUUGGUUUUCAUAGUCUGCCUUCCAAUGUUCAAAAUGGAAAUCGACAUGUCAGUUGGCGUACUCAUUUGCAGUUUUACAAUGUAUCCAGCUAUUGAUGCUCUCAUUGUGAUGUAUGUAGUGUCAGAUUAUCGUAAAAUUGCAUUGAAACUUUUGAAAUCGGUCACGAAAAAGAUACGAACGCCAUUUAAAGCACCGAAAAGUGGUCCGAAAUCUAUUGCAAAACGUCCAGAACCGAUGAGCACAUCAACACAAGUUGCCAAUGAGUGA